UCAUGUUCUCUUCAAUACUCUUCGGUUUCUCAAACCCCAAUCCUUGUCUGAUCUUGAUAUUCUUCUUGUUCACCUGUCACCAUCUUCCUUGUGCUCUAAGUCAACCCGACCUUAAGUUUUGUGAUAACCUGUUUCAGUGUGGGAAUAUAACAGCGGGGUUUCCUUUCUGGGGAGAGGCUCGACCAGAACCUUGUGGUCAUCCUUCUUUGGGGCUUCACUGUUCCUCAAACUCGAACAAGACUUACUUUAUUUUCUCAGGUCAGAUGUACACUGUCCUUUUCCUAGACAACUCAACUAACACCCUUGGGCUUGCGAGGCAAGACUUUUUAGCUGGAUCAUUUUGCAAUUCUACAUUAACCGGUACAACGUUGACUCAUGAACUCUUUCAGCUUUCGCCGGAGUACACGACCCUCUUUGUUUAUUAUCUCUGCGAAACCCAUCUUACCAACCCCGCAAAUUUCAAAUGUCCAAAGAUUGGUAUUGCCUCAUUGCAUCGGAGCAAGGAAAAUCAUAAAAAGUGUUCUGCGAGUUUCAACAUCACUGUUCCCACAAGUUAUGCUCCAGAGAUGAAAAUUCUGAACUUGACCCGUUUACAAAGUGUUCUCAAAAAGGGAUUUGAGGUGAAAAUGAGGAUUGAUGGAAGACCGUGUCAAGAAUGUAAAUCCACUGGUGGAGUCUGCGGCUACAAUGUUGGCACUUCUGUUUGCUGCAAGAGAAAGUCUUCAUCAAAGAUCAUAUGCAAUCGAAUGAUUCCACCUGAACUCAGUGAGGCAAAGAAAAAAAGAGAAAACACAACAGCAAAGAAACUAGGAAUAGGAUUCGCUGGUGGUUUCUUGGGUGCCACUCUUUUAGCAGGAGCUGUACUCUGUUUCAUCCGGAGAAGAAAGAAACUGGCAGCUCAAAACAUAAGCAAAGGCCUUUCAAGAACAUCUCCGUUUUCAAGCAAUAACACAAUGUCCACCACUCUAACUUCCACAACAAUUUCCGGAAGCAACCACUCUCUCAUGCCGUCAAUCUCCAACCUUGCAAAUGCAAGCGUCUACUUCGGAGUUCAAGUCUUCAGCUAUGAAGAACUCGAGGAAGCCACUGCAAAUUUCUCUAGAGAGCUUGGAGAUGGAGGAUUCGGUACUGUCUACUAUGGCAUACUAAAGGACGGACGAGCAGUAGCUGUAAAACGACUCUUCGAGAGAUCACUAAAACGAGUGGAGCAGUUCAAGAACGAGAUCGAUAUCUUGAAGUCCUUGAAACACCCGAACCUAGUGAUUCUAUAUGGAUGCACGACAAGACAUAGCAGAGAGCUACUCUUAGUGUAUGAAUACAUUUCUAAUGGCACACUCGCUGAUCAUCUCCAUGGAGACCAAGCACAGUCUCGUCCUAUUUGCUGGCCUGCAAGACUCAACAUCGCCAUUCAAACCGCUAGUGCAUUGUCCUUUCUCCAUGCCUCAGGAAUCAUACACAGAGAUGUGAAGACUACAAACAUUCUUCUAGAUAGCAACUACCAAGUGAAAGUAGCUGACUUUGGUCUCUCCCGGUUGUUUCCGACGAAUCAAACUCAUAUCUCCACCGCCCCGCAAGGAACUCCGGGAUAUGUUGAUCCCGAGUAUUACCAAUGUUACCGUCUCAACGAGAAGAGCGACGUUUACAGCUUCGGAGUCGUCCUCUCUGAGCUGAUCUCAUCCAAAGAAGCAGUCGAUAUCAGUCGGCAUCGCCACGAUAUCAACCUCGCGAACAUGGCCAUCUCCAAAAUCCAAAACGACGCCGUUGACGAGCUGGUCGACCUGACUCUCGGGUUCGCGAGGGACCCUGCGGUGAAGAGGAUGAUGAUGUCGGUUGCUGAGCUGGCGUUCCGGUGUUUGCAACAGGAGAGGGAAGUCCGGCCGUCGAUGGAUGAGAUAGUCGAGGUGUUGAAAGGGAUUCAGAAGGAAGGGAUGCGAGAUUUUCCGGAGGUGGUGGAGAUUGAUGUGAGGGGAGGAGAUGACGUUGUGUUGCUAAGGCACGGUGUUCCGCCGCCGUUAUCGCCGGUGACUGAGAAAGAGACGAGUAGUUCGAAUACUACGGCGAGUUCGUUUUGAGAGACUCUGGACCUCAACGAGGGUUAGGUGUAAGUAAAACAUCAACCAUUGUGAAUUCCACCGUUUCAAUUUUAUUUUACCUGACGUCAGACUUUUUGACUCUUUUGUGUUUUCUAUUCUUGUGGUAUUUUCACGGAAAGACUAUACGAUAUAUUCACUGUUUCAAAAUGUAAAAAUUUAGUUGACAAUAUAAGUAUCUUUUUUC